AUGGGGUCCAUGACGCCCCAAACCCUCCUCCUGCUGCUCGCGGGGGCCCUGACCUUGACUGAGACCCGGCAGCGCUUCCACUCCCUGAGGUAUUUCAGCACCGGCGUGUCCCUGCCCGGCCUCGGGGAGCCCCGCUUCAUCAUCGUGGGCUACGUGGACGACACGCAGUUCGCCCGCUUCGAUGGCAACGCCGAGAACCCGAGGAUUGAGCUUCUGCAGCCGUGGAUGCAGCAGGUGGAGCAAGAGUUCUUGAAUAGGCACUUACAGCUCGCUAAGGACCACUCAAAGCUUAACCGCCUGGACCUUAAGGACCUGCGCAGCUACUACAACCAGAGCGAGGCCGACUUUCACACGCUCCAGAAGAUGUACGGCUGUGAUACUGGGGCAAAAGGACACUUCCUCCGCGGGUACCUGCAGUGGGCCUACGACAGUGCCGACUACAUCACCCUGAAUGAGGACCUGCGCACCUGGACCACAGCCGACAUGGCAGCUCAGAUCAGCAAACGCAAGUGGGAGGAGACAGCUGUGGCUGAGCGCUAUGGGGACUACAUGGAAAACGACUGCGUGAAGUGGCUGCACAGAUUGCUGCAGUUGGGAAACGAGACCCUAAAUCGCACAGACCCACCCAGAGCACACGUGACCCACCACCCAGUCUCUGACCAGAAGGCCACCCUGAGGUGCUGGGCCCUCGGCUUCUACCCCAAGGACAUCACACUCACCUGGCGCCGAGAUGGGGAAGACCUGACCCAGGAUAUGGAGUUGGUGGAGACCAGGCCUGCAGGGGAUGGAACCUUCCAGAAGUGGGCAGCUGUGCUGGUGCCUGCUGGAGAGGAGCAGAGAUACACAUGCCACGUGGAGCAUGAGGGGCUGCCUGAGCCCCUCACCGUGAGAUGGGAGCCUCCUCAGCCCACUGUGCCCAUGUGGGGAGUCAUCGCUGGCCUGUUCCUCCUGGCAGCUGUGCUCAUUGGAGCUGUGGUCACUGUUGUGAUGAUGAAGAGGAAGCGUUCAGGUAGGUGGUUUUCUCUCACAGGUGGAGAAGGAGGGAGCUACACAAGGGCUGCAGGUGGGGACAGUGCCCAGGGCUCUGACUCCUCUCGCUUAGCUUGA